UGCAACUCCUCUCAAAAUUCUAUAUAUAAACUAUUGGAAACCGCUCAACUGUCUGCUAAACGAUUUCAUUCUGUCUUUUUCUUUGAGAAAAAAGAGGAUUAGAGCAAUAUUGAAUUCAACAUCUUCUCUUAAUUCUUCUUUAUGAAAUCACCAUUAAUGGCCACACUUGCUUCCCGCUUGCAACACUCUGUCACUCCCAAUGCCCUCCGAUCAUAUGUAGCUGAGUUUCUCUCCACUUUCUUUUUCGUCUUCGCUGCUGCCGGCGCCACCAUGUCUACCCGGAAAAUGAUGCCUGAUGCGACAUCAGAUCCAUCUAGUCUAGUGGCAGUUGCAGUAGCAAAUGCAUUUGCGUUGUUCGUGGCAGUGUAUAUAUCAGCCAAUAUAUCCGGAGGCCAUGUGAAUCCGGCUGUGACGUUCGGCAUGGCUAUUGGAGGCCAUAUAAGUAUUCCCAUGUCUAUAUUCUACUGGAUUUCUCAGAUGCUUGGGUCUGUCAUGGCUUGUCUUCUUCUCAAAUUCACUAACCAGCAAAUUCCAACACAUGGAAUUCCUCAAGACAUGACUGGUUUUGGAGGAGCAGUACUCGAAGGCGUAAUGACAUUUGGUUUAGUGUACACAGUUUAUGCAGCUGCUGAUCCUAGACGUUGCAUCCACGCAGCAAUAGGGCCAUUGGCAGUUGGCCUUAUUGUUGGAGCAAAUGUCAUGGCUUCAGGCCCAUUUACUGGGGGAUCAAUGAACCCUGCUUACUCAUUUGGCUCUGCUGUUGUCAAAGGCAGCUUCAAGAAUCAAGCAGUGUACUGGAUUGGACCUUUCAUUGGUGCAGCCAUAGCUGGGCUUGUGUAUGAUAAUGUGGUUUUCCCUGCACAAGUGACUGAGUCUUUGAUGGGAAUAGGUGGUGGGAUUACUGUUGUUUAAGUGCUGCAGUUUUUAGUUGCUUUUGUUGUAUUACGUAUUCAUAGUCUGUAAAAUAGAAUGUCACCUUUUCUUUUGUAGAACAUCAAAGUGCUUAAUCAUAGUCUAGUUAGUUGUUUUAGUGGCAAAUUAAGAUUAUUCAAGACUUCUUUUUUUGUUAUAUUAAUGUCAAUUUAAAGA